AUCUCACAUUCUCACUGUUUUUAUCACUUACAAGUUAUAUUACAAACCGCACGCAUAGAAUACGUGUGUAGAGUAUAGACACACACGUAUAUAUAUAUUGUGUAUAUAUAUAGUACAAGCAGCUAUAGCUACUGUUGUGAUAUAUGAUGGAUCCAGGAGUUGAGAAGAAGAAGCAGCAGAUGGAGCUCGUCGACGUCGAGAGCGGCGGCCUUCCCGUCGAGCGUCAGGACUCGCUGUUCCGGGAGGCGGUGAGAGCUGAGCACGCCGGCGCCGCUCACUGGGACGAACAGGAUAGCUGGGGGAGGACGAUGAGUCUGGCGUUCCAGUGCGUGGGGAUCCUGUACGGCGACAUUGGGACGUCGUCGUUGUACGUCUACUCCAGCACUUUUGAGCACGGCAUUGGGCACCCCGAUGACGUCGUCGGGGUGCUCUCCCUCAUCGUCUACAGCUUCAUGCUCUUCACCGUCAUCAAGAUCGUCUUCGUCGCCCUGCAUGCCAACGACCAUGGUGACGGUGGGACAUUUGCACUCUACUCGUUAAUUUCACGGCACGCGAAGGUGAGCCUGAUCCCUAACCAUCAGGCGGAAGAUGAGCUGAUCUCCGGGUAUAGCAGUAGCGGGAAGCCAUCGGCGACUCUGAGGAGAGCUCACUGGUUGAAACAGCUGCUCGAGGCGAGCAAGGCGGCCAAGAUUUCUCUCUUCCUGCUCACCAUCCUUGCGAUCGCCAUGGUCAUCAGCGACGCUGUGCUAACGCCUCCCAUUUCUGUACUGUCAGCCGUAGGUGGGUUGAGAGAGAAGGUACCUCAUCUUACAACAGAUCAAAUAGUGUGGAUAACAGUGGCAAUUUUGGUAGUCUUGUUUGCAAUCCAGCGCUACGGGACUGAUAAAGUUGGCUACUCUUUUGCACCAAUCAUUCUCUUGUGGCUGCUCUUGAUUGGAGCAACUGGUCUCUAUAACCUGAUCAAGCAUGACAUCAGUGUCUUGAGGGCCUUCAACCCAAAAUACAUCAUCGACUAUUUCCGUAGGAACAAGAAGGAAGGAUGGGUCUCGCUUGGAAGUAUUCUCCUUUGCUUCACAGGAUCAGAAGCACUUUUUGCUAAUCUAGGAUACUUCAGCAUCAGAUCAAUCCAGCUGAGCUUUAGUUUUGCCUUACUUCCAUCGGUAUUACUCACGUACAUCGGACAAGCAGCUUUCCUGAGUAAGAACCCGAAGAAUGUUGCCAAUACCUUCUUUGCCGCUACUCCAAUUUCUUUGUUCUGGCCUACGUUCAUCAUGGCGAUAGCUGCAUCCAUAAUAGGAAGCCAAGCAAUGAUAUCUUGUGCCUUUGCAACUGUUUCUCAUUUACAAUCACUUAGUUGCUUCCCAAGGGUCAAGAUAUUGCACACAUCAAAGCGAUUUCCGGGCCAAUUGUACAUCCCUGGAGUAAACUUCUUGUUAUGUGUGGCUGCUUGCGUUGUGACUGUUAGCUUCAAAACAACUGUUAUUAUAGGAAAGGCGCACGAAAUUUGUGUCAUCCUUGUGAUGAUCAUCACAACAUUACUAAUGACAAUAGUUAUGCUCUUGGUAUGGAAGAUCAACAUCUUGUGGGUUGCUCUGUUUUUUAUCACAUUCACAUCAACGGAGGCUGUCUACCUAUCGUCAGUGCUAUACAAGUUCACACAUGGACCAUAUGUGCCUGUGGCUAUGUCGGUAGUUCUAAUGGUGGUGAUGAUCGUGUGGCACUACGUGCAUGUGAAAAGAUACAAGUAUGAAUUGGAACACACAGUAUCCACCGACAAGGUGAAAGAAAUGCUGGAGAGCCAUGAUCUGAAGAGGGUCCGUGGCGUAGCCCUGUUCUACACUGAACUAGUCCAAGGCAUCCCGCCCAUAUUCCCGCACCUCAUCGAGAAGAUCCCAACGAUUCAUUCUGUUCUUGUCUUCAUCUCUAUCAAGCAUUUGCCAGUACCCCAUGUUGACACCUCGGAGCGAUUCCUCUUCCGUCAAGUAGAGCUAAAGGACUACAAAGUGUUUCGAUGUGUGGCACGAUAUGGAUAUCGUGAUUCCCUCGAGGAGGCCAAGGACUUUGUUGUUACCCUUCUUGAGAACCUUCAGGAUUAUAUAAGGGAUGUUAAUCUCUACACCGAUGAGCCACACACCAUUAGUGCCCAUAGUUCUUGCAACCAUAGCUUUUCUCGGGAGAAGCCUUCUGGACGGUACGCGGUACAUGCCGAGGAUAUGCUUACACCAAUUGAAUCCUUCUCUGAGAUCACAGCUCUAUCUAACUAUGGAAGCGACCGUCUACCACACUUCAAGGCAAGUAAGAUGAAUAUGGAGGAGUUGGCGAAGAUUGAGCAAGAGCAGAUGUUCAUUGAGAAGGAGAUGGAAAAAGGUGUUGUAUACAUACUUGGAGAAACCGAGGUGGUUGUAAGGCCUCACUCAUCGCUUCUUAAGAAGAUAGUAGUGAACUACGUCUACUCUUUCUUAAGAAAGAACUUCGUGCAAGGGCAGAAGAUGCUAUUUAUUCCCCAUAGGCAAUUGCUUAAAGUAGGGAUCUCAUAUGAGAUUUAGGUUGUAAGAAAUGGAAAUAUACAUGAUAUGGUGUUGGUUGGUGUCAAGAUGAAUGUAUAAAUAUUUGUCUUUGUAAGGUAAUAUUAAAACUGUAACAUGUAGUCAGAUGGUUAAAUGAUAAGCUAUGAUGCUGCAUAGGAACGAGUUGUUCCAUUGUGGCUAGCUUUUGAGGUUAGGGGAUUUUCUUGUACUGCACACUACUUCAAAUGUUUACUUGACAUACAAAUGCUAUAUAAAUGUUUGUAAUUAAGUUAAUGAAU